AUGGCUGGGAAGAGACAAAGCGAGCCAUCCCCCCAACUGUACACGGCAACGAUAAGUGAUGCCAUAAAUAGGUACUCGUUUAUGGGGACUGGAGAGUACCAUAGCGGGAGUUUCGAACUGAACCGGAAUGUCCCAGAAGAUAAGGAAGCCGCCACUCACAGUGAUUGGACAAUUAUUCAGGAUGGUACAUCCGAUGAAGAAGGAGAGUUACAAACGUACAGCUCGAUAGUUCUUGGUGGGAUGAAUGAACCCAUAAGGAGGAGGGUCACGGAAAGGGAAUUUGCUCCCUGUAGGUGGAGGGGGAAUAUCAAAGACUCCCCAAAGGAAAGACCCAUGGAUGUCCUGCUAAACAAGCAGACUGAAAACGAAGGAGAGUGGACUAAAUAUAUUUUAAAAUUUCUUCUGACCGCGGAGGAGGCAAAUAAAUCAAAGGACAUACAAGACAUAGUGAACAGAAUUGAACAUGAGGAGAUAAAGGAGUUAGUGUUGUAUCACUCUAAGGUAGUUCUUUCCGAAAUUAGGAAGAUAUAUAAAGUGUUGGGGGGUCUAGUGAAUGGUGGUGUCUGGAAGAACGAGUGCACAGGUUAA